AUGGCGACGCACCGUGACGCGAAGAACCCGACCUUCUCGUAUGUCGAGCCUCUGCCUUGGCCCAAGGAUGUACCUAAGGUAGACGAGGUCGGUACAACGUCGGCGCCGCUCAAGUCGAUCGCGUUUUUCUUUGGGCAGUUUUGCAAGCUGUACAACGACGACUUUAUGCUGUGCAAGAACGAGAACCGCGACCCCGAGCACUGCCUUCUGGAGGGACGAAGAGUCACGCGCUGUGCGCAGGACCUGUAUGUGGACGGUUCUUACCUCAGAAUCCAGAAGAUCGGCGAAAAGUGCGGCAAGGAAUGGGACGCACACUGGGAGUGCCUGGAGAUGAACAACCAAGUGCGUAGACUACGAGGCGGCUGA